GUUGAAGUCGAAGUCAAGUCAACAAAAUGUGAGUCUCGAAAACUGGAUUGGCUUCUCUGGCGGAGAGAACAGAUUCACAUGAACAUGGAGCCGCAAUGCUUCCUAUGUUUCCACUCCGCAUGUUUUCUUCUCAUCGCUUCUGUCGCAUGUUGUCUCUCACACCCUUCUCUCCGUGGCGUUCACCCUUUAGAUGAGAAAUAUUACAGCUCUCAGGUGAUCAAGUGCAAGGAUGGAUCAAAAUCCUUCUCCAGAGAUCAUCUCAAUGACAAUUUCUGCGACUGCCCUGAUGGUACUGAUGAACCUGGUACUUCAGCUUGCUCCGCCGGAAAGUUUUAUUGCAGAAACCUAGGAAGCAAGCCACAGUUUAUAGUUUCUUCUCAUGUUAAUGAUCAUUUUUGUGAUUGUUGUGAUGGGAGUGAUGAAUAUGAUGGAAUCAUUUGUUGCCCCAACACAUGUGUCAUGGGUGGGAAUGCUGAGAACAUGAUUAGCAACUGCAAUUCUAAAGAAACCAAAAAUGGAGUAAAGUCAGAGGAAUCAAUUUAUAACCUUACUGGUUUGAAGUUUGCAAUUACUCUACAAGUGGUUCUAGUUAUUCUUCUGGUAUUUCUCUGGAGCUGUCGAUGGCACACCAGAUCUAGAAAGAGGCGUUACAAUUGAAUCAAAAGAGACAUUGCUGUUUACCUAACGCUAAACUGUGCAUGCAGAUUCAGGAGGACUUUCAGUGACACUGGAUUUAGUCUGUUUGGAACCGUAUUAGAUACCAAGAAAACGUGUUUAAGUGGAUGCUAUAAAUGAAGCUUAUGCGUUAACGUGCAAAUUCAACAGAGAAUCAAACAUGUACUUAAUGAAGCAAAUGGUGUAGGAAAACUAGUGAUGUUGUUGGCAGCACUACACUCAAAUAGGGAAAUAUAGAAAGCUGUUGUGAUUACUGUUUUGCUGGAAACAGUUUUACGCUGUUAGAUUUGACAGUCAUAACGUGGUGACUGAACAGUUUUAUUUUGCAAGUGUACCAAAUCAUGACACAAUAAUAUAAAUUUUGUCCAACGAGGAUAAUUGUUAU